AUGUAUUCAACAGCAUCUGGUUCUUCGAGAAGGGCUAAAAGAGGAAAAUUACGAUUAAUGUGUGUUGACUCAAUAUGUAAUCUUGAACAAAAUCAUCAAGAAAAUCCUCCAAAUAAAUAUGAAUUUGCUGAUAUUAAAGAUUCAUGUAGAAUUGAAUAUAAUGGAGAAUCCAUUGAAUUUAGUAUUAAACAAUUAAUUAAUAUAAAAUACUUAGGUCAAGGAUGCUUUGGUUCGGUUAUAUUAACUCAACUUGAACAUCGACCAGAUGUCAUAUUCGCAUGUAAAAGAAUGACACUUGAAAUACUUGAAAAUAAUGAUUAUUCAUCUCAAUGUGAUUUAAGAGCAAUGAGAGAUGUUGGAAAUGAUCGUCAUCCUCAUAUUGUUAAUUUUUAUGCUGCUUUAAUUGAUUUAAUUAAUGGAGAAUUAGUUAUUUGUAUGGAAGCACUUGAAACAAGUAUGGAUAAAUUUUAUUCCACUCUUCAUUCACGUAUUCAACCAUCAUCAAAUUUAUUAGAUUUAUUUAUACGACGAUUAGCUAAACAUAUUGUCUUAGCACUUGAUUAUCUUAAAUCAAAAAAUCUAAUUCAUAGAGAUGUUAAACCACAGAACAUGCUAGUUGCACGUCCAGUCAUAUUUAAAUUGUGUGAUUUUGGAAUUUGUGAAACUUACAACGAUUCACUUUCAUUAGUUCUUCAUAGAUCAAUGAAUUAUUUCUCUCCUGAGCGUUUUCGUGGUGUUUACUCUUAUGGAAUACCAUCUGAUAUGUGGGCAUUAGGAAUGAAUCUUCUUGAAAUAAGUCAAGGUUAUCAUCCAUUAGCUUCACAACCAAUUCUGUCAUAUCUGUCUCAUAUGAACAAUGGAUGGCAACCAGAUAUACCCUUAACACUUAAUCAACAUACUAGAGAUUUACUUUCAAUAUUACUUCGUCAUAAUGUAAAUGAACGUCCACGUCAUUAUUCGGAUAUAUUAUCAAUGCCAUCAAUGAUAUCUGUUGAAGAAAAUCCAUCAGAUGAUGAGAUAAAUCUUGUUAAUUGUGUUCUUGAUGCUUUACCAUCAGAAACAUCUGAAUAA